CGAUUUACUAUUCUCUUUGGAGAGCUAAAAAAUUAGGGCCCUCAAGGGGCGAAACAGUGUUGAACGCCGUGCAGAGGAGAAAAAAUAAUAUGGUGAAAUUUUCAGAAGAACAAUUGCGGACGGUGAUGUCCCGUCCCAGUCAGAUACGAAAUAUCUCGGUCAUAGCCCACGUGGAUCAUGGCAAGACCACGCUAACGGACUCGCUUUUAGCAAGAGCUGGAGUCAUUUCAGCUGACCAGGCGGGGGAUAAGUGUGCCAUGGACACACGAAAGGACGAACAACUUAAGGGAAUUACCAUCAAGUCAACAGCAAUAUCUCUAUUUUAUGAGAUUGAAACAAGGAUGUUGCCUAAAGCGCGUGUCCAGCAGGAAGAGGAGGGAAUCCGUGAGUACCUCGUCAAUUUGAUUGAUUCCCCUGGUCACGUGGAUUUCUCCUCUGAGGUUACGGCAGCAUUGAGAGUGACAGACGGAGCACUAGUUGUAGUGGACAGCAUAAGUGGCGUUUGCGUACAGACGGAGACUGUUCUACGACAGGCAUUGGCUGAGAGAAUCAAGCCAGUGCUUAUGAUUAACAAACUGGACAGAUGUAUUUUUGAGACACAGUUGGAACCUGAAGAACUGUACUGCAAAUUACGCGGGACCAUCGAACGAGUGAACGCAAUUCUGGCAACAUACAGCGAGAACGACAGCUGUUUGAGUGAUACCACGUUGGACCCAUCUUUAGGAAAUGUUGCUUUUGGAUCUGGAUUGCACCGUUGGGGCUUCACCCUUAGAAAAUUUGCGAAAAUGUAUGCCGCAAAAUUGGGUACUGAUGAGGACAAGUUCAUGAAGAAGCUUUGGGGAGACCACUUUUAUAAUCCGGAAACGAGGAAAUGGAAGAGAACGGAAGGAGAUGGUUAUGUUAGAGGUUUCAACAAGUUCGUUCUGGAACCAUUAUUUAAGAUGCUUAAAGCAACCAAGUCGAUGGCAAAAGAGGAAAUAUUUAAGCUGACAGAAAAACUGAGUUUGCAACUCUCAAGUGAAGAGAAAGCUUUAGAAGGAAAGGAGUUUAUGAGGAAUGUGAUGAUGAAAUGGCUGCCUGUCGGCGAUGCGAUGUUGGAGAUGAUAAUUGUGCACUUGCCAUCACCGGAAGUGGCCCAAAAGUACCGUACAGAGAUCCUAUACGAAGGACCGAAUGAUGACGAAGUGGCGAUAGCAAUGAAAGAGUGUAACCCUGACGGUCCUUUGAUGGUCUACAUCUCCAAAAUGGUACCAUCCACUGACAAAGGUCGGUUUUUCGCUUUUGGACGCGUGUUUUCCGGAACCAUAUCCUCUGGAAUGAAAGUACGUGUGAUGGGUCCACAGUACGAACCCGGAAAGUCGCAUGAUCUGUUUUACAAGACUAACCCUAGGGCUGUCAUCAUGAUGGGUAGUAAGAUAACCUCAGUGGGAGAUGUGCCGUGUGGAAAUGUUGUAGGUCUUGGUGGAAUAGACAAAUUCUUGGUCAAGUCUGGUACAAUAACAACAUAUGAAAAAGCCCACAACAUGAAGGUGAUGAAGUUUUCCGUUAGUCCUGUCGUGAGAGUGGCCGUGGAUGUCGUCAAUCCUUCCGAUUUACCGAAACUUGUGGAAGGUCUUCAGCGAUUGGCCAAGUCUGAUCCUAUGGUGCAGUGUUCUUUCGAGGCUGGUCAGCAUAUCGUUGCAGGAGCAGGAGAGCUCCAUCUUGAAAUAUGUCUGAAGGACUUGGAAGAAGAUCACGCUAGCGUCCCCCUCAAGAAACAUGAUCCUAUUGUCACUUAUAAAGAAACGGUUUCACAAAAGUCCAGCCAAGUCUGUUUGUCAAAGUCUGGAAAUAAACAUUGCCGCGUUUUCAUGACGGCGGAACCCAUGCCAGACGGUCUGGCGGAAGAAUUUGAUUCAGGAAAAAUUAAUAAUAUGAGAGAUGUGAAGGAGCGCGGACGGUUUCUAGUGGAGGAAUUCAAAAUGGAUUCACAUCAAACAAAGAAGAUCUGGUGUUUUGGUCCUGCCUCAUCUGGUCCCAAUAUGCUAGUUGACGUGACUAAGUCAUGUCAAUAUUUAAAUGAGGUCAAGGACACAGUCGUAGCCGGAUUCCAAUGGGCAACAGAGGAAGGUGUUCUCUGUGAAGAAUCCAUGCGAGGAGUGAAGUUUAAUUUGGAAGACCUUAGUGCGCAUUCUGACCCAGCCCACCGGAAGGGAGCACAAAUGAUUCCAGCAACUAGACGAUGUUUGUUUGCUUCUUUCCUGACAGCCCAGCCAAGAAUUCUAGAACCUGUUUAUCUGGUAGAUAUUGAGGUUCCGCCGUCAGUGAUGGGAGGAGUUUUCAAUGUGCUGUCAAAGCGACGUGGUCUCAUGAUCGAAGAACAACAGAAGAUUGGGUCUCCAAUGUACAGCAUAAAAGCCCAUCUUCCUGUCAACGAAUCUUUUGGUUUCGCUGAGGAGUUGAGAGGACAAACAGGCGGACAAGCUUUUCCCCAAUGCGUCUUUGAUCAUUGGCAACUUCUAUCGGGUGACCCUCUGGAGCAGACGUCACGAGCCGGAACUGUCGUAGCCGACAUCAGACAGCGGAAAGGUCUCAAUCCCGUCAUACCCAAACUUGACAACUUCCUGGAUAAACUCUAAAAAGCGUACAUAUUAAUGAAGCUGAAGUAUUUUGUAAAAUUAAAGGAUGUUCAUAAUGAAAUACCAAA